AUCUCUGCCGGGGGCAGACAGAUCGCUUUCAUGUCGCAGGGUGACUGCUAGCCCUGCGGAGGCUCCCCGGGCCGGGCCGGGGCUGAGGCUGGGGAGGCGGCGGCUGCCCCUGCUGCCGGGGUGCUGGUGCGCGCCGCGCCGCGCGGGAUGCUGGCGGCGGGGGAUGCGGAGCCGCCCGUGGAAUAACAUGGGGGGCGGCCACUCCCACCGGGCGCCCGUCUUCGACGAGAAUGAGGACGUUAACUUUGACCACUUUCAAAUAUUGCGGGCUAUUGGGAAAGGGAGUUUCGGAAAGGUGUGCAUUGUACAGAAGAGAGACACCAAGAAAAUGUAUGCCAUGAAAUACAUGAAUAAACAGAAGUGCAUUGAAAGAGAUGAAGUUCGAAAUGUUUUUCGGGAGCUACAGAUAAUGCAAGGCCUGGAGCAUCCUUUCCUAGUCAAUCUAUGGUAUUCCUUUCAAGAUGAAGAAGAUAUGUUCAUGGUAGUUGAUCUCUUACUUGGAGGAGACCUGCGUUACCACUUGCAGCAGAACGUCCACUUUAAUGAAGGAACUGUUAAGCUGUAUAUUUGUGAGCUGGCAUUGUCCUUGGAUUAUUUGCAGAGAUACCACAUAAUUCAUAGGGACAUCAAACCGGAUAACAUACUACUGGAUGAACAUGGACAUGUUCACAUCACUGACUUUAACAUAGCAACUAUAGUGAAAGGCUCAGAAAAAGCUUCUUCUAUGGCUGGCACAAAGCCCUAUAUGGCUCCAGAAGUGUUCCAGGCCUUUAUGGAUGGAGGUCCGGGAUAUUCAUAUCCAGUGGACUGGUGGUCGCUGGGAAUUACAGCAUAUGAAUUACUGAGAGGCUGGAGGCCCUAUGAAAUUCAUUCUGCCACCCCCAUUGAUGAGAUACUCAACAUGUUCAAGACAGAAAGAGUUCACUACUCAUCUGCAUGGUGCAAGGGCAUGAUAGCACUAUUGAAAAAGCUCCUCACUAAGGACCCAGAAUGUCGACUUUCAAGCCUUGCAGACAUUCAAAACUCUCCAUACCUAGCUGAUGUCAACUGGGAUGCUGUUCUGGAGAAAGCUGUGACCCCAGGCUUUGUUCCUAACAAAGGAAGAUUGAACUGUGACCCUACAUUUGAACUUGAAGAAAUGAUUUUAGAAUCCAAACCUCUCCAUAAAAAGAAAAAGCGACUUGCCAAAAACAAAUCCAAAGAUGGAGCUAAGGAAACCUGUCCACUGAACGUACACCUGCAGCAGUGCUUGGAAACCGUUAGGAAAGAAUUCAUCAUAUUCAACAGAGAGAAAUUAAGAAGACAGCAGGACCAGAGUGGACAGACUUCCAGCAUGGACAGCAGAGCACCCCUCCAGAGUCACGAGAAACUGGAAGACGGACGUAACAACAAUUUACUGGGACAUGGCUGCACAAGAGGCUGCAGCAGCUAGUGAGCUAUGUUCCCACACAGGCUUCCACCCUGGCAGGGUGAGGAAAGGUCCUCUCUGUGCAUGCCUUCAUCUUCACCCCUCGGAUCCUGGGACAUCUGACUCCUCCAAGAGUAGGAUCCCCAGCCAAGGACAAGCACACAGAGCACACUGGCUGAGACUUUCCACCCUGCUUUUGUUUUGACUCUGCUACCGGGAAAAAAAUGACCAUCAGCAGCAAAGUACAGUUUUAUAAGUAAGUGUCACUUUCCUUUACAAAAUCCUGGAAGAAAACUUGAAACAAUUCAUUAGGCAGCCUCUUACAGAUUGCCAUGUUUCUGGGUACUUGCAAGAGACAGCUUUACCUUGAAGGCUUUACAUUACCCUCUAUGUUAAUGAAACCAGUUUUGUUUGGAGUUUUGUGAAACUGCUGGAUGCAGCUGUUUCUGAGCACCUGCUGUUGGGUUUAUAACAGAUGUAUAAGAUGUAAAUACUUGAAUGUAGUGUCAAAUAGGCCAAACACUGAAUAAUUUCAUUUAAAUACCUGAAACCCAAUGGAAAAGUUGCAGCGUGACUGUAUUCACAUUGUUCUUUAACUUCAUGCAUUCUGCUUUGUAGUAAAAGUAGUAACAGGUGUGACCCUGGCCAAGUCAAAGUUUUGCUAGUGACUUUAGUGGAUGCCAGAGUGCAGUAGUAGUGUAUGAUAAUCAUGACAAAGAAAGACCUGUUUGUUCAUAACAGUAGGUUGACUGAACCAGAGUUGAAAGCAGGUUAGUAAGGAGAGCAAAAUAUUAACAGUUUGUUCAGAUCCAUAGUUAGCUAUUGUAAAAUGUGAAGAAGUUUCAUAUGUCUCUGUUUUCAUGGAUCUAUUCAGGAUGAGAAAUGGAAUGAAAUGUACUUUAUCUAAAGUAUUGUUGACAUGAAAGACUUUUUUCUAAACAGCAGCCACAAUUCCAAACAUUUAUGGUGUUUUCCAACUUGUACAUCCACAUUUUGAUAAUAAAUGCAUGCUUGUU